UAUCCUUUUCUCUCUCCGAAUCUCUCUUUCUUUCUCUCUUCCUCGGCUUCUCCUUCUGAGGGCGAAGUUGCUCCGUGAAAGUUAUGAUGGCUGCCGACGUAAGUUCUCUGGUUCGUGUUCUUGCUGGUGGUGGGUACAAGGACGACAAGCACCGGACGGUGGGAAAUGAAUCGAAUAGUGAGAGAUCUCCGGUUCUGAUUACUCGGGACUUGCUUGGCGGGUCCUCUAAAUCUGUUGUUGAAUCUCAGGAAUUGGACCUCGACUUGCAAGUACCUAGUGGCUGGGAGAAGCGCCUAGACCUCAAGUCGGGGAAAGUCUAUAUUCAACGGUGCAACUCUUUAAGCCAAUCAGCGUCAGAACACAAACUCAAUUCGAGUCCUUCGGGUCCAAAACUUCAGGACCUAAACAGCCCUCCUUCUCCAUCAAAACUAUCUCUGAACCUAUUUGAUGAUAAAAGCUUAGACUUGAAGUUGUUCUCUUCUUCAUUGCCAUCAACCAAUUACCAAAGUGUAUGCACCCUUGACAAGGUGAAAUCAGCCCUGGAAAGAGCAGAGAAAGAGCCUAUGAAGAAACGAACGACAGCUUCAUUCUGGAAAUCUUCGGCCUUGUCGUCGCCAUCGCCUUCAUAUUCGUCUUCAUCCUCUUCCAUGAGAGAAACCCAGGAAGAAGAAAGUGAAGAGAAGUUGUCAUCUCCACUUGCAGCAGGGUGUCCUGGUUGCUUAUCAUACGUUUUGAUAAUGAAGAACAAUCCCAGGUGUCCUAGGUGUAACUCUGUUGUUCCUUUUCCAUCCAUGAAGAAACCUAGGAUUGACCUCAAUAUCUCAAUUUGAGAGGGGAUUCUGGAUUAUUAGUGAUUGCUUCUUUCAUAAUUUUGUAAAUGAUAGAUAAGUUUAGGCUGUUCAAGGAUAGGGAUUCUGUUCCCAGAAUAUUACCCGGGGUUUAUGUAUAUUGCAAAAUUAUUGCUAUUUUGCUAACAAAGCUAAUAGAAAAAUUUCCAAUUUCUACAAUGCUA